AUGAGUUAUUCAUCACCAUUACCGAGUCGGCUCUGCGCCAUCAGCCAGCUGUCCAUGCUGCGUUCAGGCGACAAAGUUCGCUUCCUGGGAUGUGUAAACCAAUACCAUGAAUCUACUGCCCUGCUAUCCCUUUUCCACAACUUUCCUUCGUCUCAAGACCAACAGACCACCCAAGUCGACAUCAGCCAGUUACUCGACACCAUUGACCACCAACAUCUCCAAGUGGGUGCCUGGCUCAACGUGAUUGGAUACAUCACUCCGUCUGCGUCCAAGUCUCGGCCCAAAAUCCAAGCCAUCAUCGUUUGGUCUGCUGGUGCCAUCAAUUUGCAACAGUAUGAGAAUGCUCUUAUCUCUAGACAAACGAUUUGA